UUUUGUUGUCCUCUCACACCUACGAUCACUCGCAGGUUAUGUUUCCCUUGGUAGAGGGUAGAGUGACGCAGACUGGAUGACGACUGUCCAGUGAAUUUUUAUGGAACAUUCUGGAUAAAAUCGAGCAUACAUGCACGGACUGUAACAUCCUUAUCGAGUGAUCCUUAAUUUUGUGUUAAUUGCAAUAAACAAUACAAAACACUGAUUCGUCAAAGUACGCAUAUCAUGAUUUGUUCCAUUUCACACCACUGAUUCAACUUUCUGAUGAAUAAAGUUAAAGAAUCAAGCACUCGGCAGGAAAAUAUGACUUUGAGAGCAAAUAAAGACACUCUGGUGGAUGAAAAUAAAAACAGCAAUAGUGAACAAACUAUGGACUUUUUUAUAUCGGAUAUGGUAACGUCUAGUCUCGAGAACGAGCUUCUGGAUUAUGUGGCUAACAGUAAAGCAAUUUUCAAAAGCCAACAGAAAGAGGAACCAGAAUUGACGUUCGAGGAGAAGCAUGCCAUAGCCGAGAACCUAUUGAAAAAGAGCUGCUGCUUGUUUCUAUCCAAAUUUGGACAUUACUUAAAGAUGGAGCAUUUGGAAUAUUUUAGUAAGAGUCAAGAUUAUGAGACAGUUUAUCACGUAAACAGAUUGCGGAGAUAUUUAAAUAAUUCUACACGACAUAUUGAUGUCAGAAACAGAAGAUACGAAGCUUUAAGAACAUUGAUAGAAAAGGGAGACUAUUUCAGCGAAUGCGAAAUGAUGAAGAGAAAUCCGUUGUUGUAUGAACAUUUAGUGGGACAAUAUUUGACAGAGGAAGAGAAAAAGGCUAGAGAUAGCAUUGACACACAAAGUGCAAAUUAUGUUGAUAUACUUAUGGAAACCAUCGAAAGGAGCAAAUUGGAAAACUAUUUAAAAUCUCAGCGGAAGGAAGAGAAUGAAAUACGAGACAAGAAUGAUUUGGAUGAUGAUGAUAAUGAUGAUAGCAAAAACAGCAUUAUAUCCAAGAACUUGGACAAACGGAGUUAUCAACAAUGGGGUGAAAAUUUAAAAGAUAACGAUGAAGUAAAGGAUAAAGAUAGAGACAAGAAAUUACAGAGCAGUAAAAUAUCAAACGAAGAAAUAAAAUUGCUUAGGCAAGAAUUUGUUACAAAUAUGUAUCAGAGUUUCCUGGAUGUACCGUGGAUGAUAAUGAAGCUUAUGAUAAUGUAGAAUUAAGAAAUCAAGAUGAAGAAGAAAAAUAUUUUGACUCUGAAGCGCCUGAAACUGUUCUUCCACGUAAUGAAAGCAAUGAUCAAAACGAAUCUGAAGAUGAGUUGGAUAUAUAUAUGAGAUCACUGAAGGUUAAAUAAUAUUUUAACACUUAACAAUCGCCCCGUUAUUGUUGGCAUUGAUUCACAGAAAGGUUGUUUAUUCACUAGGAGCAGACUCCUACAAAUCCACACUCUUUGGAUAAUCAGACAUAGCCCUGUAUACGUUGGGUUACAAUAAAUAUAUUUGUACUUAGCAAAAA